AUGGCUUUAGAGACAUGUGGAAGCUGUUUGAGCUGUCUGCUGAUACCUCUUGCACUUUGGAGUAUUGUUGUUAACAUCCUAUUAUACUUCCCUAAUGGGAAAGCUUCACAUGCUGCCAGCUACCAGCUUCCAAACUACGUGUGGUAUUUUGAAGGGAUCUGUUUCUCAGGUGUGAUGAUCCUUCUGUUGGCAGUGAUUCUAAUAACACUGGAGUGUAGCAUGUUCUAUCGGUGCUGUCAGAGUGAAAGCUGUAACAAAACCUACCGGAGUUUUAUUUCAAUUGUGUUAGCCCUGCUUGGAGUUGCUUUCUCUGGAUACAGUUGCAUCAUUUUUACCUUGGGGCUGAUCCAAGGCCCCUUCUGCAAUUCAUCAGGUGGAUGGGAUUAUAUCUUCAAAGACACUGCUGGAGGGUACCUCACAGAUUACCCUGCUUGGUCUCAGUGCACGGAACCUGUUAACAUAGUAGAGUGGAACAUUAUUUUACUCUCUAUUCUGAUAGCUCUUAGUGGACUGCAGCUGAUCAUCUGUUUUCUCAAAGUGGCUGCUGAGUUGAAACGGACACUCUGUGGGACCUAUUCUGUUUUUGUCCAGCUUGUUCUGACAAUAGGGAGGUUUGAAUACCAUGGAACUGCUUUUGUAUUGAAAUCACCGUUUUUGAAUGAACUGCUGUAA